CUCUCGCGGGCGGCCACGCGCUUUUGCGGGGGAGUAUUUUAAUGGCGAAGAGAGGACAGGACUCAAAGGAGGGAGAGAGACGGAUUUCGUUCUUUGAUGGGACCAUGGAUGCCAUGCCUGUUUUCGUAAAGGAGCUCAUAGCCGGAGGUGUUGCUGGUGGGAUCGCAAAGUCAGCUGUGGCUCCUCUCGAGCGUGUCAAGAUUUUAUUCCAGACUAGAAGGGCAGAAUUUCACAGUGCGGGGUUGCUGGGAUCCUUCAAAAAGAUUAUGGAUACAGAGGGAAUCCUUGGUUUCUACAGAGGAAAUGGAGCUAGCGUUGCGAGGAUUGUGCCAUAUGCAGCUCUGCAUUAUAUGGCCUAUGAGCAAUACCGGCGAUGGAUUAUACUCGGUUAUCCUAAUAUUAACAAAGGACCUAUUCUGGAUCUCAUAGCAGGGUCAUUAGCAGGAGGAACUGCAGUAAUAUGCACUUAUCCCCUUGAUUUAGUUCGAACAAAGCUGGCUUAUCAGAUUGUUGGACCAUCAAGUGUGAACAUUAAAGGGACUGAACUAGUGUAUAGAGGAAUUUUUGACUGUUUCUCAAAGAUCUAUAGAGAAAGUGGAGUGAGGGGUCUCUAUCGUGGUGUGGCUCCAUCACUCUAUGGAAUCUUCCCAUAUUCUGGUUUGAAGUUCUACUUCUACGAGGAGAUGAAACGUCAUGUCCCUGAGGAACACAAUAAAGAUAUCAUGGUCAAACUUUUUUGUGGAUCAGUUGCUGGUCUAUUCGGUCAAACCUUCACUUACCCUCUUGAUGUUGUUAGGCGUCAAAUGCAGGUCCAACGGUUCUCAGUGUCUGACAGUGUAGAGGUGAAGGGAACAAUGGAGACUCUAUUUUUGAUCGUCCAGAAGCAGGGUUGGAAGCAACUGUUUUCAGGGCUAAGCAUCAACUACCUGAAGGUUGUACCAUCGGUGGCAAUCGGGUUUACUGUCUAUGAUACUAUGAAGUCAUGGCUGGGAGUUCCAUCACGAGAAAACACUGCCAUUGAAGUAGUGACUGAAGGAAGAAAUACUCAUCCAUCAGCGCUCCGCUCCUAACAACUCUUCACUCCUCAACUUCGCAGUCAUUAACAUUGCUUUGAACUGUUAGGUCUCCACCCUUCGACAUGUAUAGUCCAUUCUUUGAGUCUGAUUCACAGCUCAUGCACAGAUUUGUAUUGCUUAACAAAUAAAUCUGUUGACAAGGCCUAAUCCAUUGUCAUGUCGGACUACAUUCAACCUCAUUCAGUCCCUAGGAUCAUUCCCCUGAGGAUUUUAUAGAUCUUGAGCUCCAUUAUAAGCGUUUUGUUCAUAAUCGCUGUACAUAUUCAUGGUCUUGAAUGAGUUAGGAAAUCACCUUUGUACAUUAACCUGGUAUGAUCAAUUGUAACAUUUUUUUGCAGAGGUUACAAAAUAAGACCAUGUCAUUUCUCA